ACAGGUUCCGCCCUCGCCCCGGGAGUAGGCACCGCCUCCUCCAGCCGCCCGCCGAAAAAACUUCCCUCGUGCCUCUCGCGGGACCUACGCCUUUUUGGCGAGAUUUUGAUAACACAGGCAAAGCACUGUCCCGCGAGGUGUGGAACCGGAAACGUGAGGGAUGAGAGCGGAUUCCGGCGGAACCCGGAAGCCUCGCUGUUUUGUUUCCUGGAUCUUUCGUUGCCGGGCAGCGUGGAGCUGGCGUCUGGCGUGUCCUAGCGGGAUGGUGUUGACCCGGCUGACCGCGGCGCCGGAGCGCAGGCUGGCCCGGCGGGUGUGCGGAGUCGUGCUGGACCACUUCGACGCCCAGUACUCCAGCGAGCUCGGCGACGCCUGGGCCGCGGUCAGGGACGUACUAACAUCGCCCUGCUGCUGGCAGUAUGCUGUCCUUCUAAACCGAUUCAAUUAUCCUUUCAACCUGGAAGAGGCUUUACGUUUGAGGGGCUAUCGCACCGUCUUCCAAGGAUCUUUACCCCACUGUCCUAAAUCCAUGAAGUGUUACCUUAGCGCAACUGCGGGCAGGAUGCCUUCAGAAAGACACCAAGUUGGAAACCUAAAAAAAUACUAUCUCCUGAAUGCGGCCUCUCUCCUCCCAGUGCUGGCUCUGGAGUUGAGGGAUGGGGAGAAGGUUCUGGAUCUGUGUGCUGCUCCCGGGGGCAAGUCGAUCGCCCUGCUGCAGUGUGCGGACCCAGGUUAUCUUCAUUGCAACGAAUACGAUCAUUUGAGGUUGAAGUGGCUGAUGCAGACCUUGGAAUCUUUCAUCCCACAGCCUUUGGUGAAUGGGAUUAAAGUGUCUCAGUCGGACGGCAGAGACGUGGGGGACGCCCAGCCUGAAACUUUUGACAAGGUGCUGGUUGAUGCUCCGUGUUCAAACGAUCGGAGCUGGCUGUUCUCUCCUGAUGCUCAGAAGGCGGCCUGCAGGAUAAGCCAGAGGAGGAGUCUGCCUGUGCUGCAGAGAGGGCUUCUGUGGUCGGCAAUCAAGGCCCUGCGUCCUGGAGGCCUCCUCGUGUACUCUACCUGCACACUUUCCAGGGCAGAAAAUCAAGACGUGAUCAAUGAUGUGUUAAACACCCACAGCAACGUCAUCGCCGUGGACAUUACGGAAAUGGCAAGGACCUGCUCCCAGGAUUUCUCCUUUGCUCCCACUGGUCAGGAGUGUGGGCUCUUGGUGAUUCCAGAUAAGGGCAGAGCCUGGGGCCCGAUGUAUGUAGCCAAAUUGAAAAAAUCGUGGACUGCGUGAAAUUGGUGACUUGCAUUUUGUGGACCAUGUCAACGUAUUAUAUUUGUUUUUCUGAGCUCUGCUACAUGUUGACAUUUAAAUAAUUGUGGAGUUGCUUUCCCUGGGUCUGUUGGAAUCCUGUUUAGUUAAUGCCUUAGCAUCUCAGAGUCGAGGUUUGGGAAUUUUCCAGGUGUAUUUUUUUCCUAGAAAUACAUCUAUAGCAAUGAUUUAAGGUGGUACAGAUGGUGCUUGUUCUGUGUGAUAAUAAAUCUGCUGUCUUUUACUUGGCAUUUUCUAGUUAAAUUAAUCAGAAUAUGUAGUUUUAUGCAUAAAAUGUUUAGAAACACCUAUCCAUGACGUUGGCACUUUGAACCUUUAAAAGUGCAUGUUGCCGGCCUCUCCUUAUCAAAUAUACAGAUGAUUUCAGAGUUUUUCCCCCCUUUUCUGUAAGAACUGAUUGGUAUUCUGGAAGUAACUUCUUCCAGAAGCACUAUUUUUGGUUCUAGCAAAAUAGGUUUCUUAUUUGCCAAGUUGUUUUCUUUUAGGGACUGUCUUCUGUUUGCUUCAAAGGUCAGUGACAAUCGACACCAGCUUUAUGUCUCUGCUCUUUUUCGUAUUCACAAAUACAAAUUGAAAGGGUGAAUUAUGUCGACAGGCCUUAGAACAGCAGAUCCGCAUGUACAUGUCUGACUUCGACAUCCAGGUGGUGGGAGAAUGGAGUCUAUCCAGCAGGCGGUAGAGAACGCACUUGAAACAAACCCAGAAUGAUUAGUGACUACAGUGGCUGAACUGUGUUUGGAGUUUUGUGAGCAGUAGACUCUGACUGUCCUGCAGUUGCCGUCUGGGGGCUGUUUACUUCACUGCAUUGUGCAGUGUUGUGUGAGAGCACAAGGUCACGUUAAUGCAUGAGGGGGAGGCGCCUAGUGAGAGCCGUUACCAACACUCCGUGCAUGGACUACUGGCUCCCUGUUCACACAUAUCCUGGGAAGAUUGUGCGCGUUUCUGCGUGUGUGCUUGUGGUUUUAGCUUCAGGUUUGGAUCAUGUGUUUUCUCUAGACAUUGCUUCUCUCAGAGUCCAAACAAUUUUUUCCUAAUGUUAAGAAAAAUUAUGCAGCAUACUUCAAAAGAGUAUAUCUGUUGGAAAGUAGCUUUUUUAAGAAAAUACACCGACUAUAUAAAUAUGAAAUUCUGCUGAAGCUGAAUCCUUUUGAAUUGUUUAUUACAUUCUGUGCAUUUAAACUAGAGAGUGUUUGCUUAUGAACUUGUUUUUGUUUUGCAAGCAUAUGUGAGCAGGUUCCAAUAACUGGGAAGCAUAUGUGACCAGGUUCCAAUAACUGGGAACCGUAUGUGACCAGGUUCCAAUAACUGGAAAGUCCUAGGAAGAAUGUUUUUUCUGUACCUUCAUUCCAUUGAGCCUUUUUUUCCCUUUAUAUGUAACCAAUAUGUUUAAAGAAAAGCUGGAUCUCUUGGACUCAGUGACACAUACUGGGUUAAUAUGAAAGAUUAAUAAUAAUGGAAAAGAUUUAAUUUUUUUGGUUGGUGCUUAUUGGUUUAUUUCAACUUGAAAUCCUGUCUUCAGAUACUAUAGGUUUAAAAAGUGCAUUUAUUCUGUGUAAGUUAAGCACAAAGUAAAUUUUCGUGGUGCACUUUGUUGAAUGUCCUUAUUUUCUCACCAUGUGCCCUGAGCCUCAUCUGAACACUCUGUGGGCCACUGGUUACACCUUCCUGUGAUUGCUGAAAAGUGCAAAUAAAGAUAGAGCGAGCCCACUUUAUUAUUAACAAUAAUUUUAAUGAAAGAGCUGACAUUUAUUAAACAUAAAAUAUUUGAUCAA